AAGACAUUUGUUGUUCGGAAAUCAUUCUUACAACACUUGAAAUAAGAGUGAGUGUUACGGAAUUUUAAAGCAUGAGAUGGCAUGGUUCAGCCUUGUGUGCUCAUGAGCAACACUGGCACAGAAAAACUGGGAGGGGUAAUGGGGCGGUAGAAGGAGGCAGCCUCGUGCCCUUGCCGUUGAUCAUUGGUUGCAUUCACAGGGAUGGGGAGGGGCCUCUGUGUCACUGUUUCUGGAGACUGGGAGACAGAGAGAGUGAGCGAGACGGCAAAGAAGGAUAAAUGCGUCCGGGGUUCUCCCACCAUCUGUGUCUGCCUGCGCCUACCUCAUUUCCAUUCCAGACAUUGUUCCUGCUCUUCAGGAUAGACCUAACAGCUGAGUUGUGUUUCUGUGCAAGCACGUGCAUUCCGACACAGCGCUGACUCUGGCAACCCUGCUCAUCCUCUCCUCACCUCUCUACUGCAAAACUACAGCGACGGACCAGACGGAAACAAGAGCAGGAAAACAGAGGAGUGCUGAAAGGAGCAGCAAGAAAAGAAGAGGAAUGAAAAAGGAAGUGAGAGAGGUGGAAUAAGACAGCAGAAUGAAAAUGACAAAUUGACUUUAAAGCUGCCUUCUGUCUGCUGUGUUACCCCUUGUCUUUCAACUGGAACCUGUGUAGACUCUGUGGACUUUACAGAGCGAACGUCUUUGAUCUGGGCUGUCUGUAGCUGUGGCAUGUUGGAGACGUCUCUGACAUUGUAUGGAGGAAAUGCAUUUCAAGCCCAGAUCACAACUGAAUUCCUUUCAACAAAGGCAUUCACAUUUCUGACUCUUGUCGCUUACACGGGGAAACAAAUGCACCCAUUUGUUUUUGUGUGCUCAUCAGUUUUUAAGUCUGCAUACCUUCAACGUUUUAUACGUUUGUUUGAGCCUGUAAUUUUUUGCACUAAAGAUUAACUCCAGGAGGCAUGCUUCUGUUUUUGUGCUCUCUAUGUAUUUUGCAUUUGGAAUGACAGACGGUGACUUUAUGAACAUGGAAUCAACUAUGGAGCUUUUGAUUUUGACUGAAAUCCUACAGCUAGGCUCAGAAGCUACCAACUACUUGACAGACUAGUCUUUGUCCCGUGAAGGAGUUUUCAUACGUACAUUCCUACUCAAGAUGGUGAAUUCCUCCCUGGUUCUAUUGAACCAGAGCUCUGAUCUGCACCCAUCAAAUGUCUCCGCUCCUUUCUGCUUGCUUCAGAUCGGCAGCUCCCAGAUUUUCAAUACUUGCCUCUUAGAAGUCUCCAUCAUACUUCUUCUUACUGUUCUUAUUAUUUCUGGCAACCUGGUGGUGAUUUUUGUCUUUCACUGCGCACCCUUGCUAAGCCAACACACUACGAGUGCUUUCAUCCAGACUAUGGCUUAUGCUGAUCUGUUGGUGGGGUUUAGCUGCUUGAUCCCGUCUUUGUCUCUCCUACAUCACCUCCAGAGCCUCAACCCCAAACUCACCUGCCAGGUGUUCGGGUAUAUGGUAUCCGUUUUGAAGUCUGUUUCAAUGGUAUCUUUAGCAUGUGUAAGUGUGGACCGCUACAUUGCCAUCACGCGACCUCUGACCUACACAACUUUAGUAACACCUUGUCGUGUGCGCUGCUGCAUUGUCGUGAUAUGGCUGUAUUCAGCACUGAUGUUUUUACCAUCUUUUCUUGGGUGGGGAAAGCCUGGUUACCAUGGUGAUGUGGUGGAGUGGUGCGCAAUUGAGUGGAAGACGCGUCCAACGUUCACAGCAUUUAUUGUUGCACUGCUCUAUGCCCCAGCUGCUCUAACUGUCUGCUUCACCUACGCCAACAUCUUCAAGAUCUGCAGACAGCACACCAGGGAAAUUAGCGAGCGCCAUGCACGUUAUCGGCCCCAACAGUUGCAGGGACCAGGAAUGACAGUGGUAUCGACAGGCAAGAAUACCAUUUGGGGGGAGAAAAGUCACUUGCCACACAUGUCCCAGCAACAAAAACUACUGAACCACAAGCAAUAUCAGCAGCCCCCAGCCACAUAUCCAGACAAACGGUAUGCUAUGGUGUUGUUCCCUAUCACCAGCGUGUUUUAUAUUCUCUGGUUACCCUACAUUCUGUACUUUUUGUUGGAGAGUGGAGGGUUAUAUCGUAACCCUGCAGCAUCAUUCCUUACCACAUGGCUGGCCAUCAGCAACAGCUUCUGUAACUGUCUGAUCUACAGCCUCUCCAAUUCUGCUUUCAGAAAGGGUUUCAAGCGCCUUUGCUCCCUCUGUCUACAGCGCAGCAGUGGUGGCUUUGGGGUUAGGAGCACCAAAAAAACUUUCAUUGGGUCUGUUGAAAGGGAAUGUGGCGGGUCUGUGUAUGGAUAUGGUCAUAGGGAAAUAAAAUUUGGAAUGACAUGCCAUGUUUAAUGCAAGCCAAGAACUUGAAAAUUGUCAUGAAAAUUAAAAAAAAAUGUGCUAUGGUGUGGAAGGAAGGUAGAUAUGCCACUACUGUUUCUGAUGGGUCUAUAAGUUACCAAGUUACCACACAGUUACCACCUCUAUUGCACAUGGUUUAGCAGGAACUCGGAGGGAAUCGAGAGCAAACUAAUGGAGCAUUAAAUGAGCCUAAAUAACCUGUAAAGGUGUUUGAAAAUAUUCAAGGAAAGCUGGAGUAUUGAAUAAAGUGAGGAAUUAUGAAGAAAAGUUGUGUAAUGGUGAAUAUGUCAAGAGGAUAAACUCUGUUUUUUAAACAGGAAUCAAGUCUUUAAAUUAUUUAGCCAAAAAAGCAGAAUGUAAGCGCAUUGACAUGAAGAAAAACCUAUGAAAUUGAAGUUUUGUGAAAUGUGUUUUUUGUUUUGCAAACCAGUAUAAACGAAAGAGAGGGGAAAAAAAGUAGAAAAAUCCAACUAAAAUGGUUAAUUGCUUAAUUUUGGUGAAGUGGUGGAGUCAACCAUAGCAAUCUCCUUAAAUGUGUUGUGUGAUGUUUACGCCCUGUGUUUAAAAACUAAAAGUGAAGCAACCGUGUAUAUUUGUAUUUGUCUGUGUUGUUAGUAUAUUAAGCGAUUGUGCUUGUUCAAGAGACACUUUGAGUAAAAUUCAGAAUGUGUAGCCCUCAUGCAAAUGUAAUUUUAGUGUGUUUACAUUGACCGUACCAAAUGUGGUUUGUCUGUAUUAAGACAGCUAUUGAUGAUGUAUUAAGUUUUGAUUAUUUAUUGAGUCAUGUCAGUGAAUAUGACAGAAAACUUGUACCUUGAACUACUAAGUAGUACAUUUACAUGUGAACGUGUUUGUAGUAUGUGCCAUUAGAUGCUACCUUUGGUGUACGACUGUUAACAGUAAAAAAAA